AUGGAUUUUGAACGUUUUAUAACAAAUAUUCGAGUAAAAUCUUCGGUCUUAAAUUUGAUUUGUGCUCAUUAUUAUUCUACUACGGAUCAAUCAGAUUCAGUUAAAAUUGAAAGUCUUAUUCAAGAACUGCAAAAGGAACUAGAUGAUUCUUUGCCAACAGAAAUCUCUCUUGAUAUUGUUGAGAUUUUCAUUGCAUUAAUUUGUCUGCAAGGUGUAUCUCAACCAUUGAUCUAUGAAAAAUAUGCUCAUUAUAAAACAUUAUCUCUCGCACUUGAUAAAUUUAAACAAACAUGA